AUUUGUGAAGGAAAAACAAUAGAUUUAGAUUUAGUAAACAACUCAAUUCCUUCCCCUUAGCUUUCGUAAUCUGUCAUGGCAUAUCUUAGUCCUUAAGCAUGUCCAUGCUUCCUUUCUUCUUCCUUGUGCCACCACCUUCUUAUAAGCUCAUGCUACUCGAUUCCACCCGAAAGCUCACCGACGCUGAAUCCAAACUAUGUCUACCGACUGGGGACCCGUCAUCGUCGCCUCCAUCCUCUUCAUCCUCCUCUCCCCAGGCCUUCUCUUCCAGCUGCCGGCGCGCACACGGGUGGUGGAGUUCGGCAACAUGGGCACCAGCGGCAUCUCCAUCCUCGUCCACAGCAUCCUCUUCUUCUGCAUCUUCACCAUCCUGAUCAUCGCCAUCGGAAUCCAUAUCCAUGCCGCUUGAUCCAAGAUAGACACAGCUUUUCGCAAACACUUUAGAGGCAUUUCGCCUUAAUACGCACAGAACAAAAAACAAAAAAAUUGUUUCUUCUCACAAAUUUCCAGUUUGUUGUAGCUGAUAAAAAUUGAUCAUAACAAAACAGCAUUUUUUUUCCCUUUUCUCCAUUUUGUAAUUCCUUUGUAAUUCCCUGUGCACAAGGUAAUAUUUGAAUCUUCGUCGCAAGCAAAAGCAAAAGGGGGAGAACAAGAAAAAUCUAGGGUUCGGUCUUCACCCACAGAAAUCUGAUCGCAAAUUCACGGAAACAAACAUUCGAUUGCUACCCAGAAAACUUAUAACAAAAAAACAGUUUUUGGUUUUCGAUUACAUAAGUAGGCGUUGCAGAUGAGUUGAAAGAGGACCUGGAAAACCCUAGGAGCAGAUGGUUGGUUGGACGGGAUUAGCCGGUGUAGAUAUGGAGACGGAGGGCGACGAUGAUGAUGGAGUAGAUGGCGAAGAAGAUGAGGGUGUGGAGGGCGACGGCCUUUCCGUUCGUCCGCAUGUUUCCGAACUCCACCGGGCGGUGAGUGCCCGGGGCCUCCAAAAUGAG